GAGGCAAACAACUGGAAGAUGGUCGAACAUUAAGUGAUUAUAAUAUUCAAAAAGAAAGCACUCUUCACCUUGUACUUCGCUUACGUGGUGGUAUGCAAAUAUUCGUGAAAACUCUCACCGGUAAAACAAUUACACUCGAAGUCGAACCAAGUGACACAAUCGAUAAUGUUAAAGCUAAAAUCCAAGAUAAAGAAGGUAUUCCACCUGAUCAACAACGACUUAUCUUUGCUGGUAAACAACUGGAAGAUGGUCGCACAUUGAGCGAUUAUAAUAUUCAAAAAGAAAGCACUCUUCACCUUGUACUUCGCUUACGUGGUGGUAUGCAAAUAUUUGUAAAAACUCUCACUGGCAAAACUAUAACACUUGAAGUCGAGCCAAGUGACACUAUCGAUAAUGUGAAAGCUAAAAUCCAAGAUAAAGAAGGUAUUCCACCUGAUCAACAACGCCUCAUCUUUGCUGGUAAACAACUUGAAGAUGGUCGCACGUUAAGUGAUUAUAACAUUCAAAAGGAAAGUACUCUCCACUUAGUUCUUCGAUUACGCGGUGGUGAUGAUAAAUAA